AUGAAACCAGAAACUUUAGUUAUGAAAAUAAUAGAAGCUAUGGAAACGAAAUCGCCGACUCUAAUAACUUACAGCGGUAAAAAAGUGCAUAUAACCCAAAAGAUUAUCGAUAAAUACAAACAUUGCAAAGUCAGAGACGAUAUAGACUUGGAAAGAAUUGAUGAGAAUUUAACUAAAAAAGGUGGAUUUUUACCUUUCUUACCUUUAAUCUUUGCUGGUUUAGCUGCAGUCGGUGCAACUGCUGGUGGAGCUGCUGGGAUAGCCAAAGCUGUCAACGAUAAGAAAGCUGAAGACGCUGCAAACGCCGAAGCACGGAGGAGGUUCGGGAGUAGGAGAUAUAUUAGGGACGGUUAA